UAUGAACAAGAAAUAUUGUUUCAACGGAUCCAGAAUGCAGGCUCGUUUACUAGUUGGACUUUCAGUUGUGGUAGUGUUGGCGCUCUUAUUCAUUGCAUAUGGAAUUAAAGACUGUGAACAAAAAGAUCUGCUAGUAAAUGUCGCAUCAAAGGGGACAAAAUAUACACAUCUGCCGUACAAUGUUACCAGAGACUCCCGAUUUGACUUCAGAAAGGAAAUGGAGAAAUUAAACAAAGAGCGGGUGAAAGCAGACGACCCGCGUUUAGUUAACUUGAUCAGGAAUUAUUAUAUUGAACCGCCCUCCGAUAAGCCGUACAAACUGUUAGAGCCGGGAAGAAGGGAUGCGUCUUAUGGCCAGGCAAUGUUUGUGGAUGGAACGUUAAGAAAUAUGGCAAGUGGAUUCUUUGUUGACAGCGGGGCACACGAUGGAGAAAUACAGUCGAACACGCUGUUCUUUGAGAGAAUCCGUGGUUGGACUGGGAUAUUAAUAGAGCCUCAACCACAAAUAUAUAAGCAGUUAAAAGACAAGCAUAGAAAAUCGUUUACAUUGAACGCUUGUGUUAGCGUCGUUCCAUAUCCAUCUACGGUGAAAUUUUUACCGACGUCGUUCUAUGGAAAAAUGGUGGAAAAUUUAACGAGUGAAGCCGAAUGGAAGAAAAAGGGAUUUAAAGAAAUAACAGUGCAAUGUUUUCCCUUGUAUUCAAUAUUACUUGCUAUGAACCAAUUAACUGUUGACUAUUUUAGUUUAGACGUCGAAGGAGCGGAGGAGGGCAUAGUCAAUAAUAUUCCUUUAGACAAGGUUAAAAUAAGAGCUAUUUCUAUAGAAUAUGACAAAGUGGAAGGCGGAGCAGACAGACUAAGAAAAAUAAUGGAAAGUAAAGGGUUUAAAUUUUUAGUUAAAAUGGAUUCGAUUGCCGCGCAUGACUGUAUUUUCUAUAGAUAGAACAUUUGGAUAAUUAUAGAAGUAAUACAGUAUUACUAGGAUCUGAUGACCAAAGAGUGCUAUUAAUAGAACAACCGUUUGUUUGUGUGUUGUUGUUGUUGUUGUUGUUGUUGUUGUUGUUGUUAUGGGAGAAUUAAUAAUUGCGCGUGUGUAAAUUCUGUGUUAAUCAUGGAUCUUAAAAUUUCAGCGGAAAAAUAAUGUUCGUACAAUUGAAUAAGUGCAAUUUUAUCAUAAAAUGAUACGAACCUGCAUCAUCUCAGCACAUUUUUAAAGACAAAGAACAUAUCUGCUUAUGAACUUGUUACAGUAUUAACACAGCGAUACAUCACAGGAACUUGAAAUUCUGUCAAUAACAGCAGUAUAGAACGAUUAAAAAAUCCAAAACCUAUAUAAUAAGCCUUUUUUAUAAAGGUUGUCUUCUCAUCGGACUUUAUUGCUAUAAAUUUUGACAAAAUUACAAGUUCCGGUUGAUUCAUCCAUGGGUAAUAAGCACUAUUUCAUUUAGUAGGGGUUCGGGGGUAGGGGGCGUUUGAGUUAACGUUUACUUUUGAAUUAUUACACAUUCCACAAGGUUUUUUGUUAAUGUUGGCGACAGUAGCUAGUGGGUGGUUAAACUUAAUGCUGUUGGUUUUGAAGUAUGACACCAUGUGACAUAGUUACUAAAACUGUUGUUUGGCAUUUUUGUUGUAAUUGUGUGGCACAGUUAUUGUCAGAAUUGUGUCGGAAUGUUAUUGUAAGAAAUAUUUGACACUGUUAUUAAUGGAAACAUUAGACACUGUUAUUGGAACCAUUAGAAACUGUUAUAAUAUUGUUAGUACUGAGAGACUUUUUUUUAAUAUUGGAACUGUGUGACACUAUAAUAGGAACUGUGUGACACCGUUAUUGAAAAUGUAUGACACUGUUGUUAGAACUGUGUGACACUGUUAUUGAAACUGUGUGACACUGUUAUUGGAACUGUGUGACACUGUUAUUGGAACAGUGUGACACUGUUAUUGAAAUUGUGUCACUUUUAUUGAAACUGUGUGUUACUUUUAUUGGAACAUUCGCAUUUGUAUCCUAAGAAUACAAUAAAGUUAACGAUUGUAGCAGUUUAUACAUACAGAUAAAUCCAUCUGGCAAAAUCUUCACAAUAUGUUUUUUCGGAUUUUGUUAAAAUUGAACGACUGAUAUACUUACUGAUGUACUAAAAUAAGAUUCUAGAUAAAGCAAAACGUAUAAUAGAUAGUAUGAAUCACGAAUCUUCGGUUUAUAGGCCCAUCAUGGUAAUUAAUUAGUAAAUAAAUAAGAACAGUGUAAAAGGGGCGUAAUCAGAAUAGGGGCGUUAUCUGAUAGACAGAUGGGUAUGGGGGUAGGCACAUUCAUUUAAGGUCUUCUCAAGUGUUUUGAGGAAUCAAUAAACAUUUUUCUCUUCUUUUACUAUAAUAAUACAAGAUAUCGCUUAGACGUAUUGUUACACAUAUUUAUUUCCUUUUCGUGUGGAAUAUUUUAAUUUUAAUGAUCAUCAUUUGUAUAUACACCAUGUUAUUACCAUUUACUGUAUCUCAUACUCCUGUAAUAUGUAUACCUCAUUGCCUAUUAUUUAUUUUGUAUCACAUGGCCAAUCGCAACUUUUCGGCCCUUUCCGUCAGUCUUCGGACAAGUAAAUAGCCGAAGAUGUUCCGAUUGGACAUCGCUUUGUCUUCAUGCACUAUGUAUAACCAUCAUGUAUUUCUUUACAAUUCAUUUGUAUUAUAACAUUGUCGAAAAUAAAUCCCGCUUAAAAGUCAAAAACCUUUUUAUUUCAUUGAUGUGAAUGAUGAAAAUAAUUUUGAAAUUGUUUUCAUAUAAAAAACUCGCCCAGGAAUUUGUAACAAAGGUCACGAAAUGUCAAAUAAAAAUGCCCUCAGUUUAACAGCUCAAUGCAUUAUAAACACGCUUUAUGGCAAGUUCUUGAAAUCGUUUAAUAAAAUGUGGGUUUUUUUUGCAAUCAGUUUGACAUGUUGCCAUUUGCACUUCACGAUGUUCCAAUACAUGUAUAUAGAUGAUAUUUAAGUUUUUUUCUUCACAUACAGGAUUUAUUUUCAUCAAGUGGUAUGAAAAAAUGCGUGGCGGUAGUCACGAGUGAAAUAUAAUUUUCAUGCUACGAAAUGAAAAUAAAUCCUGUGUUUAUAGAAACAACGUGAAUUUUCUUUUUAUUAUGCACAUUUAUCUCUCUUUUUUUGACAUUAUAAUUUGAAAGGCUUCCCCUUAAAAUUUGUGUAUUGGCUGAAUUUAGAAGAAAAUAGUCCGACAAGACACCGGUGAAAAUACGUAAAAUAUGUUUCACUGCAGUGAAAAAUAAAUUUUUACAAUGAAAAUAUGGAAAAUGAAAUUUGCAUUUUAUUUCAUCAAUAUUUCACUAUAUUUCAUUUAUUUGUAUAUAAUAAUAAUCAUUAUUGAAUCAGGUCUUAAAAUUUAGCCUUGUUUUCAUAACCCUAUUAAAGAUCCAUGUAAAACCCGCAUUUGUACUCUUUCUAGACUAGUUUUCAUUUUCCGAGUCCAAGAUACGUAUCAAAAUCAAUAUUUUACACAUUUUAGUCUUGUUUUCAUUUUCCUAGUCCAAUAGUUCCAUAUCAGAUCCAUCUUGUACUCUUAGUAACUGUAUCUUAAAUAGAAAACAAUUGAUUUAAAAUGUUGUCUAACUUAAUAUGUGCUAUCUAAUAAAAAAAUUGGCGGUGUGACAUACAUAUUUCUUUUUUUAAGUACAUUGUCGUGUACCAUACCGAUUUUAUUGGACUCGUACACAGCUGCAAAUCCUAUAUUGGCCUCGGCUAGCGCUGCGUCGAAUACAAUUUUAACAGCUGUGUAAAUGUUAAGUAAAAUUCAGUUUGGUUAGCGGAGGUAUUAGUAAUUACUGGUGAGCCUUUUAGAUUGACAGGCCGUUGAAAAAUGACCAAAAUGUUUUGAAAUCUAUGUCAAACAAUUGACAUAGAAAUUCCUUACAUUUCUCACAUUAUGUACAUUCGAUCGUUAUGUGAUGUAGCUUCUAGUAUUAUGUUUAAUUUAAGAAAUUUGAUUUGUUUAAGCAGUUCACUAAAUUUUAAGGUAAUACAUUUUUGCUUAUUCAUUUUUU